UUUUAAGUUUGUUUUGAAACAAUUAUAAUGUGUCAAGCAAGGUGGCCAUCAAUUGUGUUGCUUUUGAUCCCACUUUCUGAGCUCUAAUAAACAUGUGUGCUAUAAUUGUAUGCUAUAUUGGUCUCUACACCAUUGCUAUAUAUCUAUCUGUCAGGGUACGAGCUCUUUAAAUUCUGAAAAUGUAAAGAAUUACUUUCCCAAAGUUAUGUCCUGCUACUUGCGUACGCUACUCCUUUACAAAGCCUUUAUCAUGAGGUGUAUGACCAUGACUAUUUGUCAUUGAUGGUUAUGUGCAAGCUGAGUAGGUUAUUUUUUCUGAUGAGAAAGCUCAGUCAGCAGUGUCCACGUACUGCAUUUUUUAAUUCUCAUCCAGUCUUUUGAACUACAGCAUUUAUCUGCUUUAACACAUCCGCUGCAACCCUUUCAGGCUGAAUAGGAACAAGAACAUCACACCCUUGAGUGCUGUGGCUUUCAUCGCACAGAUUGCUGAGUGACUGAGUAGUGUGGCAUUUCCCCUCAGACAAUAAAUCUUAGCCCGAAUGAGUCGGGAUACUAAAUAUAAACAGUGGAGUUUUGUCAGUUUUAAACAUACCAUAUGUAUCAAACAUCUGCCAUGGAUUAUUGGUACUGACAAUACCAAGACUUGGACACUUACUCUGCAUCAAACAUUUAGUGGUAUAAAUAGUGUCAGUAAAUCAAAUGUAUUGAUCUGAGGUUGUACUUCAGGUACAGAAGAGACCAUAAUCAAAUCUUCAUGAGCAAACAGCUGAAGGGAUGGUGGAGACUGUGGAGCGAUGUGGGAGCCAAUGUAAAUAAAUGGGUGACAAGACAGAGGACAUACAGCCAGACAUAUUUAUAGACGGUGAGAAAUUGAUACGGAGAGUGUGCAGCAGAAGGCAGAGAGACGGAUAGCUGAGGAGAGGGAGCGAGAGAGGGAGAGUGGGCAGGGCUCUAGGUAUGUGAGAAUAACAGUACGCCGGCCAGUGGGACAGACAGGGGGAGUGAGAAGAAAGAAAGGAGGGGAGGAAGUGGAGAUUGUGUGGUUAAGUGCUUGGAAGUGUGUGUGUGUCUGUGUGUGUGUGUUUGUGUGUCUGUGUGUGUGUGUAAAAUCAGACAGAGACAGGGUCCAAGUGCAAGACAGUGAGCCGGGGAGAGAGAUGCUCGGAGGAUGAGGAGUAACAGGGCGAGGCAGCAGCGAGAGGCUCUAUGUGUAUGUGUGUGAGUUUGUGUGUGUGUGUGUGUGUGUGAGUUUGUGUGUGUUUGAGGAAUAGUGUGUGAACAGAGGGAUGCAGUCAUGUCUCUGUGAGAGGGAGCAGCACAGCAACGGUAACCAUGCUGAGCCCCAAGAUAAAACAGGCACGCCGGGCGCGGUCUAAGAGCAUGGUGCUUGGAGAGUUAUCUCGGAUCUCCAGGCCCUGCUCUCCUCUGGAUCAGGAGAAAACACUGAAGGCAGGAUGGCUAAAGAGGCAGCGGAGCAUCAUGAAAAACUGGCAGCUGCGUUGGUUUGUCCUGAGGAACGAAGCUCUGUAUUUCUACAAGGACCAGGAUGAAACCAAGGCACAGGGUUGUAUUCCUCUUCAGUGCAGUCAGGUCAAUGAGCUCCCUGCCAAUCAGGACGAGCCUGGUCGCCACCCUUUUGAAAUUGUUCCAGGGGGGGCUGGAGAAAAGGAUCGAACAGGAGUAAGCCACGAAUCAUUCCUGCUGAUGGCCAACUCCCAGAGUGACAUGGAGGAUUGGGUCAGGGCCAUACGUAGAGUCAUAUGGGCUCCACUUGGAGGAGGUGUCUUCGGGCAGCACCUAGAGGAGACAAUGUUAUACGAGGCUCAGUGUGGAGCGCAGCGACCGGUCCCUUUGCUGGUGGAACAGUGUGCGUGUUUCAUACGUGAACAUGGGCUCAAAGAGGAGGGCCUUUUCAGGGCCCCCGGACAGACCAAUCAUGUUCGAGAGCUGCAGGAUGCCUUCGACCGUGGCGAGAAGCCAGUGUUUGACAGUACCACAGAUGUCCACACAGUGGCAUCACUGCUAAAGCUGUACAUACGGGAGCUUCCGGAGCCUAUAAUCCCAUUCCCCAAAUACACACAGUUUCUAUCUUGUGCUCAGAUUCUUACCAAGGACAAAGCAAUGGGUAUCAUAGAGCUUGGCAAACAAGUGAAAUCCCUUCCUCAGGUCAACUACAACCUCCUUACAUACAUCUGCAAGUUUCUGGAUGAGGUUCAAUCUCACUCCAAUGAGAAUAAGAUGAGUGUACAGAAUCUGGCCACUGUGUUUGGACCCAAUAUCCUUCGGCCCAGAGUGGAGGAUCCAGUUACCAUGAUGGAGGGAAGUUCCCAGGUGCAGCACCUCAUGACUGUGCUGAUCAGUGAAUACACACAACUUUACCAAAGGGAGCAGCCGGAAACUGAGGCCAGGAUUCGCCCAAAGCCUCAGCAGAGUCCAACACAACGGGGCAAAGCAGAAUGGCUCUCACAACAAAACAAUGACCCCCCAUCUUCCAAAACCCCUGAAGAGGAACGCCGAUCUUCCACCCCUUCAACAGAAAGUAAGCCAACUGCACCAAGCCCAAUUACAACAUCAGAAAAGGUUGAGGAUGGUCAGAUUGAAGAAAAGACAAAGGGUGAGACAGAAGUGAAAGGGGAUGAAAAAGCAGAUGGCAAAACUGAAGGGAAAGGUGAAAAUGAAGUAGCUAUGAGCCCCAGUAAACAGUCAAAAGCCCUGCCCACGUGGAGGUGCUCCCUCAAAGGGGGGACAGCAUCUGGGGUGCAAAGGGGCAAAAUAGGGGGGUCUGCAGGGGAUGUGUCAGCAGCUGGUGGGAGCAACUGGCUGAUGAAUGGCCUGUCGUCCCUCCGAGUUCACAGGCGCACCACCUCAUCUGGUGAAAGACUUAAAGACACCCUGAAGGAUUCAACCCUCUCACUGAAAGAGACCACUCUCCCUCUUAAGGACACACAGAGAGACUCUGAUGAAGACUGCCUUCAGACACCCCUGUCUCACAGAGGCCUCCACCAAUCCCACAGACUGUCUGCCUAUGACAAUGUUGCCCCCUCCAGUCUGAGCCUGCCUGCUGACACCUCCAUCUGGACAUCCUUUGAGAUCUCAUUGGCCGAGCCAAAGGGAAGCGAAAAAGCAGUAAUACUAGAACAGGGUAAAGACAGCCCUACAGAGGUGAAGGACAGUACAAGUACUCUGGAUAACACUGCAAGCGGUACUGAGGAUGAUAUUACAGGAACAAAUGAAGGUCUCGCCAACAUGCUAACUGACCUCAAGCAGGAGCUGAAGAAACAGAGGACGAGCUACGAAACCUGCAUUCGAAAGUUGGAGGAGUCUUGUUCUAAGUACCAGUCCCAAGUCAACCGCCUCGAGGAGGAGCUGGACCAGGAGAAGAAGAAGUUUCAAAUGCUUGAGAUCCGACUCAGGAACUCGGAGAGGGCACAUCAAGACGCAGAGAACCGAAACAACCUCCUGCAGAAAGAGAUGGAGGAGUUCUUCAAAACCCUUGGAGAUCUGACCACAGGAGCAACACGGACCACCUAGCCCAGACCAACCUGCCUUCAUCUGGUCCAUAAGAGGAGGAGCUAGAUUACUUGGAAGACCAGUAAGCCCCAAAGCUUUGAAGACCAAAUACCUCUAGUGCAGUACUACUUGCCAUCGUGUCCUGUUUAGUACAGCCGUC